AUGAAAAGACACUCCAUCUCAAAAGUGGUUUUAUUGCUUUCGCUAUGCCUUUGGAGUUGCCAAGGCGAUGAAGAGCCCAAAAGCCAUGGUGGGCGAACAAAGCGAUUCCUCUACUACAGCAAAAAAGGCGGCUUCGGCUUAGGUUUGGGCGUUGGACCAAAAGGUAUAGGUGCUGGAGUCCCUGCAAUGACCAUGGUCGGUCUCGUGGAGCAACCGGUACCCGUUCACGUUGGCGUGCCAGAAUACCCGCCCUACCCUCCUCCAGCCUAUCCCCCACCUGCAGACUAUGCUCCUCCAUCUUAUGCUCCCCCUCCUAGCUACGCUCCUCCGGCUUAUGCUCCACCAUCAUACGCCCCUCCCCCGCCCGCUUAUUCCCCCCCUGCGCCUGCUUACGCUUCACCACCCGCAUACUAG